GGGCGGGAUGGGGGGGAGGAAGGCCCCGUCGCGCCGCCGCUGCCUGAGGCGAAGGGCGGCCGCGAUGCCGCUGUACGAGGGUCUGGGCAGCGGCGGGGAGAAGACUGCCGUGGUGAUAGACCUGGGCGAAGCCUUCACCAAGUGUGGUUUUGCAGGAGAAACAGGACCAAGAUGCAUCAUUCCUAGUGAAAUAAAGAAACCUGAUGUCGCAAAGCCUGUCAAAGUUGUUCAGUAUAAUAUUAAUACAGAAGAGCUAUAUUCAUAUCUGAAGGAAUUUAUCCAUAUGCUGUAUUUCAGACAUCUGUUGGUGAAUCCCAGAGACCGUCGUGUUGUGAUCAUAGAAUCUGUCUUGUGCCCUACACACUUCAGAGACACACUCACAAGAGUCCUUUUCAAGCAUUUUGAGGUACCUUCUGUUUUGUUUGCUCCAAGUCAUCUGAUGUCUCUCCUGACACUUGGGAUCAAUUCUGCCAUGGUGCUAGACUGUGGAUAUACAGAAAGCUUGGUUCUGCCUAUAUAUGAGGGAAUUCCGAUUCUGAGCUGCUGGGGUUCUCUUCCUCUGGGAGGAAAGGCAAUCCACAAGGAGCUGGAAUAUCAGUUGUUGGAGCAGUGCACAGUUGAUACAGGAUUAGCCAAAGGACAAAGCCUUCCAUCUGUGAUGGGCUCAGUUCCAGAAGACAUAGUAGAGGAUAUAAAAGUCCGCACUUGUUUUGUGAGUGAUCUCCAGCGUGGACUGAAAAUCCAAGCAGCAAAGUUCAACAUUGAUGGCAGUGCUGAGCGUCCUUCACCGCCUCCAGAUGUGGACUAUCCCUUAGAUGGAGAAAAGAUUCUCCAUGUAGUUGGCCCCAUCAGAGACUCUGUUGUCGAAAUACUGUUUGAACAGGAUAAUGAAGAGACAUCUGUUGCCACUUUGAUCUUAGAUUCACUUAUCCAGUGUCCCAUAGACACCAGGAAGCAGCUGGCAGAGAACUUGGUAGUUAUUGGCGGCACCGCUAUGUUGCCAGGAUUCCUUCACAGGCUCAUGGCUGAAAUCAGAUACCUGGUAGAGAAACCAAAAUACAAGGAAACACUUGCUACUAAAACCUUCCGAAUUCAUACUCCACCUGCCAAACCCAACUGUGUGGCCUGGCUGGGAGGAGCUAUUUUUGGAGCACUUCAGGACAUACUUGGGAGCCGGUCUGUGUCCAAAGAAUAUUACAGCCAGACAGGCCGCAUACCUGACUGGUGCUGUCUUAAUAAUCCUCCACUGGAAAUGAUGUUUGAUGUUGGAAAAGCACCCCCACCGUUGAUGAAGAGGGCUUUUUCUACUGAGAAAUAAGCACCGGAAUUCUACAGAAGGAUUCUCCUCAUCUAUUUCAAGUAGAUAUAUAUGAAUUGGGGUUUGUUUUUUUGUUUUUUUGUUUUUUUUUUUUUGUUUGUUUGUUUGUUUGUUUGUUUUGUUUUUUUGCAUUGAGUAAUUUGUGUGUAACGCUUAAAUACGAACAAUAUGGAUGUUUUGGGAGAGUAUUGUGGUGGGUACUGAGACUAUUUAAACCCGUGUCCAGUUUAAAAACUUAACUCUGGCAACUACUAUGCUAUUUUGUCCACUUCUGAAGAAAUUCGGCACUGUCAUGGGGUGCAGCCUACUGAGUCGUUUGUUAUUUAUCUGUACAGUUAAUGACAUUGUUGAGAGAAUUUAAGAUAUUUUGGUUUUAAAUAUGCUUAGAAGAACGAAGGACAGACUACUAUGAGAAACAUCUAUGGAAGCUCUUCUGCCAAGUUCUAUAUUAAAAUAUUACACCCUUGAAUCAUAUGUGAGGAAAUUAUUUGGGGCUCUUUAGCAAAGGUGCUGGAGCAGUAUUUUCCCUGGACACAGUCCUAUUUUGAGAGUUUUAGCAGAGGACUCUUCUGCCGGUAAUUCACACAUAGUGCUGAGCUAAAAACUCUCCCAGUACCUCUCCUCCAAGAAAGAAUUCAACCACGUAAGAAUUACAAACAGGGUUGCAAGGAAAUCUUGAAUCUCUUACUGAAAUGUCAAGUUCAGAAGUCACUUAUUCACCUUCCUUCUCCCCAUCAGAAAUAUUAAACUUCAUUGCCCCGCAACAAUAUGUAUUAAAUGAAAAUGCAAUGCCAAGUUCAUUGCUUAGUAAAAAAAAAAAAAAAAGUACAUUUGGGUAUUAAUGCUGUAUUUUGGAAUUGUUGCUUGUUAAUAAGCUCUUAGCAAUGCUGUAACUUUUCAUAUUGAAGGAGAAGGAGUGCUCCUGUGGGAAGACAAAGAGAUACACUGCCAUUCUGCUGGUAGUGCUGCUGGUUUUGGUUUGUCAGGAUUCUCUCUAUCCUUCCAUACAGCUGCUGUGAAUUAACUUUGCGUGCAGAGCUGUGGCUCCCGGUGAGCACUCCAGGCAGCGCCGGUGCAUCUCAGCAACACCACGUCUUGGGAGAGGGGUUUCCCUGGGCCUCAAAUACUGCUAAACUUGGUGCCAACAUGCAGAAGUUGACUUGCUGGCUAAAUGGUGAUUCUGCUGGUAUCUACUGGUUACUGAUGUUUAAAUCCUACUCUGAGGAGUAAUAGUUUAUCUCAGAUUCGGGGAGAUAUACAUACAUAUAUAUAUAGAUACAAAAAAUUCUUGGGGGUGGUGGAGUCUUCUGAUGCCACAAACAUUCUUUCUGUGGCUGAUUUCCCCUUGCUGUCUGCUAACUACCCACCGUGGUUCCUGAAGCACAUUUCUUGAAGUUAAACACAUAUUCAAAGAAAUGUUCUUGUGGUGAAACUUAAUACAGGGCAAUGUGUUGCAGCAUUUAAGUAAGCUUCUGCACGAUUUUGUCAUUCUAUAUGUGCUUUACCUUAACAUAUGGCAUUAGUUGGCACAUGGUAGGAGAUACUCCCUUUUUAUCUUACUGGUUUUCAGAUUAAAAAAAAAACACAGAAAACAAGAAUCGCUGCUUAAAGUGUUAAAGUCUGUCAUAGGCCAGACUUUGCUUGUUGGUAACAGUGGUCUGAUAGUAUUGACACAGAUGAUUUCUCUCUGGAGGUACUGGCAGGUGUAUUUUUAAAUUACCUUCUUCCUACCUCAAGUGAGCUGUGUGGCUGUUACACAGAAAAACAGUCAGGCAUAACUGCGAGUAGUUGUUAAUGGUGAUCUUCUAGUCCUGGGAUGAGGUUGCUCUUUUAGAGAUCAUUUCUUAGUCCUCAAAUCACAGUGGGGCUUGGACAAUGCCCCUUUGCCCUGGUGUGAGAGUCUCCAGUCCAAACACUUUCUGGGUUUCCUGGUCAAACACGUCGCAGUUACCAUGCACAAGAGUUUUUCUGCGGCAGCCCGAGUAUGAGAAUGGUGUGCUGUGAGACAGAAACAGGUUCUUCAAAAUGUAAUGUUGUGUUCUAUUGGUCAGGCCUGGACUUGGAAAAACGGAUUAAACGCUAUAGCUCGAUACCUCUA